AUGGCGGCUGAGGCAGCUGACAUGGAUUCAAAGAGGGUGGCUAUGGAGAUGCAGACUUUUAUUGGUCACCGGUUCCCCAAAGGGCACCCUGCUUCUGCUGCCUCAGUGCCUCAGAACUUUGGUGUUGUUGGUCUCAGAUACCACUUUGCCGCCAAGAUGAUCCUGGAUUAUCCAUGUGGACCAGUGAUGAGACAAAGACACAGACCGAGGAAAGCUGCUUCCGGGCUUGAAGGCAGGCGCCCCAUCCCGGCGCCACCGAGCUCUUCCGCCGCACGCUCGGGGAACUCCUCGGGCUGCAGCGCGGGGGCCGCGCAUGCGCGAUAUAGCCUCGGCCGGAGCCUGACGCCGGGUUCCGAGAGCCGGUGCGGGAAGAUGAACCCUUUGACCAAGGUGAAGUUAAUCAACGAACUGAACGAGCGAGAGGUCCUGCUUGGGGUGGCGGAUAAGAUGUCCUGGCACGCCGAGUACAAGGACAGCGCCUGGAUCUUCCUGGGAGGGCUUCCUUGUGAACUGACUGAAGGGGACAUCAUCUGUGUGUUAUCGCAAUAUGGGGAGAUUGUUAACAUUAAUCUCGUGCGGGACAAGAAGACUGGGAAAUCCAAAGGAUUCUGUUUCCUCUGCUAUGAAGACCAGAGGAGCACAAUUCUGGCUGUCAACAAUUUUAAUGGGAUCACGAUCAAAGGAAGAACUAUCCGAGUAGAUCACGUGUCUAACUAUCGGGCUCCUAAGGACUCAGAAGACAUGGAUAAUGUGACCAAAGAGCUUCAGAACAAGGGCUGUGGGGCUCACACCCCCUCACCAAACUUGUCUGAGGGCUCUGAAGAUAAGAAACCCACGAAGAAGCACAAAAAAGACAAAAAGGAAAAGAAGAAAAAAAAGAAAGACAAAGAGAAGUCUGUCAGGGAGGCACAGGCAGAACUGCCGUCCUCCUCCUUACCACCCAGAAGCAAGAUGUUAAAGGAAAAAGAUGACCCUGGCUCUAAAAAGCACAGCAGCAAGAACUCAGAGAAGGGUCACAAGUCAGAGUCCAGAGAGGGGUGGAAGCACUACUCCAGGUCCUCCAAGGCCAGGAUUACUUCCCAUGACAGAGCAGAGGGCCUAGAGAGGGAGUCAAGGAAGGAGAAACCCAGGCAUGACCACAAGACCUCAAGCAGGAGGGAGGAAAGGGAGGAAAAGUACAGGGAUAGGGAAAGAGGUCAAAGCUCAAACCCACAUUCUAGCUGGCACAGUGGUCGUUCAGAAGGGCACAUUCAUAGAAGUAGAAGUAGGAGGCGAGUGAAACCCCAUAGGUAUAAAAGGGCCAGGCACUCCUGGGACCAGGAGCCCUCCAAUGCCAGUGACCGAAAGCACCACUGA